AUGGAACAUUUAAUCGCGCUUGUCACUGGAGCCACAUCAGGCCUUGGUUAUGCAGCAGCCCUCGCCCUUGCUGCAGACGGCUGGCAAGAGGUCAUCAUCACCGGACGCAGACUGGCUCGAGCCCAGGAAACGGCUGCUCAGCUCGCAAAAGAAGCAGGAAAACAUGUCUUUACACCACUAGAGCUGGAUCUGAAUGAAUCGGCAAGUACUCAAUCCGCCGUCGCCGAGCUCGUCAAGCGAGGUACACCGAUCAAUUUCCUCCUCCUUAAUGCAGGGUUAGUCGGAGGCAACAAGCGCGUGCUUACUACCGCAGGCGUCGAAGCUACUCAGGCCCCGCUAAUCGGUCAUCAUCAACUGGCUGUUGGGCUCCUCAACGCCAACCUGCUGAGCUCCGAGGCGCGGAUUGUUGUUUCUGGUGCAGAACCUGCCCGAGGGGAUAUGCCCCUCUUCAGCUUCACAGACGUCGCCGCCUUAGCAGCCCAACACCACCAGGGUGACCGAGCCGCUGCCAUUCAAGCAAUUCUGCGAAGUGGAAGGGGUGUCAAGUACGCUGCCAAUCGGGCGUAUGCCGAUGCAAAGCUCAUAAUCGUUUGGUGGGUUGCUGCCCUGGCACGUCAAUUACCCUCUGGCAUGGCCGUAUACGCUGUAUCGCCCGGCAGUGCGCCAGACACCCAGGCGUCGCGUAACGCCGGACUGGCCAUAAAGUGGGUGGUGCUUCCCGUACUGAAGCUUAUCCCUGGCAUGUCGCAGACUCCUGAGACUGCUGCGAGGCGGUACCUCGAGGCAUAUCAGUUUGGGACUGACGUUUCAGGGCUAUUCUACGCCUCACCACCCAAGAAGGUCACUGGCCCGAUCGAAGCAAUGCAGCAUCCGCACUUGCACGAUCGCGAUAACCAAGAGGCGGCGUGGAAGGCUGUUGUCAAGGUCUCCGGUAUUAACAUAAUGAAUACGAAGUAA